GUUUCGACCUCUGCCUUUGGUGAGUGUUGAGAUUCAGCAGGGAAGGAAAAAAUACAAUCCUUCUUCAUCUUCGCUUUACAGCGUCUCAUAACAGUCCUCGGCUGCUGCAAACGUAAAAGGAUUAAAAACCCUUAAAUUCCACAAUGUACGCCUGUGCAAAAUUCGUCUCCACACCUGCCCUGGUCCGCUCUGGAUCCCGGGCUUUGUACAGACCCAUGUCUGCUGCAGUACUGUCUCGGCCAGAGGUCAAAACAGAGGCUCCUGCUGCUCUGGUGCCCCAGUCUCCUCUCACCCAGAUGUGUCUGCGAAGCUUCCAGACUAGCGCGGUGAGCCGUGACAUUGACACUGCCGCCAAGUUCAUCGGAGCUGGAGCUGCCACUGUCGGUGUGGCUGGAUCUGGUGCUGGAAUUGGAACUGUCUUCGGCAGUCUAAUCAUUGGAUAUGCCAGGAACCCAUCUCUGAAGCAGCAGCUGUUCUCGUAUGCCAUUCUGGGAUUCGCUUUGUCUGAAGCCAUGGGUCUCUUCUGUUUGAUGGUUGCUUUCCUUAUCCUGUUUGCCAUGUAAACUCAUUGAGAGUGGCAAUGUACACUGUAAUCAAUUGUGAAUUCACAGUUGCUACCAAAAGUGUCUGUUCUUAAUUGUCCAUGUAGAAAGAAAUGUUAAUUUUCAACAAUCACUCUGUCAAAAGGAUAACAUUAUGAACUUGUAAGCAAUUACAAAAUUAAAAUGUGUAUUUCAACUGUUUAAAGGACAACUGUAAUUUUUGUAUUUUGGGAACCUUGUUUGUCCCCUCUUUAAACUGCAACGGUGCUCACUAAAAUGUCAACACUGAUUUGCCACAAAACCUUGGCAGUCUGAUAGCACUUUGUACAUCACAAUUGGAGAAGUGUACUUUUUCUGGGUCCAUUUAUUUCCAGGAGUUGCACUCCUGGAUGAAAAAAGGAUGUAGGAUGCAGCUGGUUAAGACAGUGAACAGUUGCUUUUGUAAAUUGCAUUAAAUAAAUAUAUACUUGUGUUUAA